AAACCGAAGACGAUGUCGUGCUACUUCUUUGUCCUUUCUCCUACCACAAGAUUAAGAAAAAAAAAUGAACAGCGAUCGGAACAAACGUACCAUAAAACUUUUAAUUAAAAAUUCAAUUCCAUUCCUUAAUUGUUUCAUUUAAAUCUCUUUGGAGCAUUAAAAUGGAUUCUGAUAUAUUUUUCUCUCAUCGAUGCUCCAUUAGCUAAAUCUUCUUCACCGUUGAGGUGUUACGUCAGCUUUUUCCCGAGCUUACAUCAUACCUCCGGCGCUUCAUCCUUACGUGACAUUUCAAAGAUUCAGGAUCAAGUUAAGCAUAACAAAAAAAAGUUAAGGUCGUUGUUUCUUGAUAUUUUCAUCUUUUGGGGUGAUUAAAAAAUGGGGCAUUUCUCUUCGAUGUUCAAUGGGUUAGCUCGAACAUUUUCGAUAAAGAGAGUGAAGAACAACAAUGGAAACAGCGACGCAAAGGAAGCUGCUGAUGAUAUGGCUAAAGACGCGAAGAAGAAAGAANUGAUUCUGAAAUCCUCUGGUUAUGUUAAUGCACAAGGUUCUAAUAACUCCGCUUCUAUUUUCUCUAAACGCGGCGAAAAAGGCGUUAACCAGGACUGUGCUCUCGUUUGGGAGGGAUUUGGGUGCCAAGAAGACAUGAUAUUUUGCGGGAUAUUCGAUGGACACGGUCCAUGGGGUCACUAUGUAUCCAAACAUGUAAGAAACUCAAUGCCUUCAUCGCUUCUCUGCAACUGGCAAAAUAUUCUUGCUCAGGCCACACUAUAUCCCGACCUAGAUCUCGAAGGCUCUAAUAAAAAGCUCUCGAGAUUCGACAUAUGGAAGCAAUCUUAUCUCAAAACAUGUGCAACCGUUGAUCAAGAGCUUGAACAUCACCGCAAGAUCGAUGCUUACUACAGCGGCUCAACAGCUCUAACUAUUGUCAGACAGGGUGACGUUAUUUAUGUAGCGAAUGUAGGCGAUUCAAGAGCAGUACUAGCCACGGUUUCGGACGAGGAAAGCUUGGUUGCGGUUCAGCUCACCCUUGAUUUCAAACCGAAUCUACCACAGGAGGAGGAGCGGAUACUUGGAUGCCAAGGGCGGGUUUUCUGUCUAGAAGAUGAGCCUGGAGUACACCGUGUGUGGCAGCCGGACGCAAAAACACCGGGGCUCGCAAUGUCGAGAGCAUUCGGUGACUACUGUAUCAAAGAUUACGGAUUGGUCUCAGUCCCUGAAGUCACUCAAAGGCAUAUCUCUACUAAAGACCACUUCAUCAUCUUGGCUAGUGAUGGGAUAUGGGAUGUGAUCUCUAACCAAGAGGCUGUAGAGAUUGUUUCCUCCACGGCUGAGCGGCCAAAGGCGGCUAAGCGGUUAGUAGAGCAAGCAGUUCGGGCUUGGAAGAAAAAGAGACGAGGAAUCUCCAUGGACGAUAUGUCUGUGGUCUGUCUCUUCCUCCAUUCUUCUUCAUCUUCAUCUCUAUCACAACAUGCCACGACUUUUAAGUAACACUUUGCCUUGUAAAUAGAUCAGCGAUAGCCUUGCGUUUGUGACAUUCAUCUUGAAGUUCGAAAUGCGUUUUUUGGUCACAGUCAUCAUGACAUGAGGAUGAGUUGAUUCAAUUGUCUCA